GAGUAUCUCUGUUUAUCUUCUGUGUGUGUGUGUGUGAGUAAAGAAGAAACCCCUUAUGAUGUCUCACAAUAUUCAACGUCGUCGUUUAGGUGAUGAUUAUAAGUUAAAUUGUGGUUCGAUUUAUACAAUUUCAUGUACAUUACCUCCCACACGCGCAAUAUGGCGGUUAUGAUGAAAUCUCAAAUUCAUGGAUUUUUGAGCCUGAGAUCUGCAUCAUCGUCACUUAGCCUCAGGAGAACUGCUUUGCCUCCUCGCCCUCUUAUUUUGAGGGCGUGUGCAUCUAAUCCCGACCAUGAUCGAUUUUUUAUCUUGAAAAAAGGGGCAGUAGUAAAACUGAGAAUCAAGGAGGUUUUGGAGGCUGCUUCUCAGGAGGCUGAAGCUGACAUUGAAGCUGAUCUUUAUGCUGCUGAAGAUUCCGAGAUUCAUGAAGUGGUGGAGAAGAGGCCAAAGAGUCUUUGGGGAUUUGUGUCUCGUGAGGUCAUAAAUGCAAUUUUGGGCGUCGAGAUGUUUGCAAUGUUGGGCAUGUGCAUCGGUUUCAAAAAUUGGGUGAAACAAUACCCAAUAGUACCGAUUUUGUUGUUUGUUUCGGUGAUCGCUUUGAAGUAUGCAUUGUAUAAAACAGGUGAAUGAAACUUAUGAUUGUUUGUAUGUAUGUAUGCCCUUGGCAUUUCGAUACCAAACUUAUACCAUGGUAAGUAUUUUAACUGCCAUGCUUAACACCCAUCAACCACGGAGAUGCUUAAGCGCCAACUUAUCAUGUGGUUGGGGAGUUUGUAUUGUUCACCCAUGAUGAUGUUGUCUUUGUACAAGAAGCAGAUGUCAAACCAGUAAGUGAUUUGAUUCUGAAUUUAUGCGGGUCAACUGCAGAAGCUCAUAUAAACAUGUUAAAUGAAACGGAUCAAAGGAGGGUUAAGCAGCUUCUUGAUUAUGUAUACAAAAACUUAAAUUACUUUGCAACAGUGCUUUCUUCAUAUGAUUUUCUAACUUCAUUACAUUCUAUAUCAUGCUGUAUGAGUCCUCAACGUUACUUGCUCA